UGCACAUGCUCACCUGUGGUGGUAUCAGCAACACAGAGCCUCCUGCAUCCUUCUGGAUCACAGCUUCACUCCAUCUGAAGUAAAACCUGCUGACCAUCAUGGCCUCUAGCAUCUCUGUGAGAAGCUUCUCCAUGAACCGCCCCUCGUUUUCCAGUCGUUCUCUGAUGGACACUGGCCGCGCACGGUCCAGGGCAUCCGUCUCUUUUGCUGCAUCCAGCCCGCUGACCCGUUCAGCCUCCAUCAGCCAAGAUCUCAACGGACCAGUGAGUCUCCAGCUGAACGGACUGCACGGCAACAGCACCAAUGAGAAGGAGGCCAUGCAGAGUCUCAACAGCCGUCUGGCCAACUACCUGGAUAAGGUGCGCUCACUGGAGCGCUCCAAUGCCGACCUGGAGAUAAAGAUCAAACAGCUGAUGAUCGAGCGCAUCCCCAAAGGUCAUGACCUUGAUUCAAUGAUGGCCCAGGCACAUGCUGUUGAGCAAGAGGUGCGGAAGAAGACCCUGGAGAAUGCUCGUCUCAUGUUAGAGAUCGAUAACGCUAAACUGGCCGCUGAUGACUUCAGAAUCAAAUGGGAAACUGAAUUGGUGAUGUGUCAGUCUGUGGAGAGAGACUGCGUUGCCCUGAAGAAGGCUAAGACCGACCACGAGCAGAUCAUUGCUUCUCUGAGAGGAGACCUAGACAGCCUCAAAGAGGAGCUUUAUUUCCUCAAGAAAAACCACGAGGAGGAACUGGAGCAGAUGAGGUCUCGCAUUGCCAGGGAUGAAGUGAAUGUCGAGGUGGACCCUGCCAGCGGACCGGAGCUGGGUACCAUUCUGUCUGAACUGCGCUCUCAGUAUGAGGGAAUUGUUAAGAAAAAUAAGGAGCAAGCAGAGCAGUGGUACCGCAAGAAGCUGGAGAUGGUGCAGAAUGAGGUGAAGGAGAGCAACGAGGCCUUGAGAGGAGCCCAGGGAGAGCUGACUGAGAGGCAGCGCUUCCUGCAGACACUGGAGGUGGAGCUGGACAGUCUGCACAAACAGAUAGCAGCUCUGGAGGGUAACCUGGCUGAGACGGGUCAGAAGUAUUCUUCUGAGAUGGAGCGGCUGCAGGUCACCCUGAGCCAGAUGGAGGACGACCUGUCCCAGCUCAGGCUGGACAUGCAGCGCAACAAGACCGACUAUGAGCAGCUUCUCCGCAUCAAGCAGAACCUGGAAAUGGAGAUUGCUACCUAUAGGCGCCUGUUGGAGGGAGAGGAAACAGUCAAAGAAGUUAUUAUUCCACCAAAAAGUAAAGGAGCCAGAUGUUCGCACCAGAAAGAUCGUGAAGGUGGUGACUCAGACGAUGAUCAAUGGGAAAGUGGUGGAUGAGUCCAGCGAGGUGGAGCAGAUUGAAGAAACAAAGAAAUAGGAAAAAGGAAAAAGAGAGUUUAUUAAAAGGUUAAGGUAUUGCUUGCAAAAGAAACACAGAGUAACAAUAGAAAACAAUAUCACCAUGUUAGCCUACAUUUAAAAGUACACCGAUGUUCAGUUUUACAAGAAAAAAGUAUUUUGAAUGAGACAUUUUUGGAGUAUACCUUGACUAUAUAGUAUGUUUUUUUGUUUUAGAUAAAUGUUUCCAUACAUUGGCUAAUCUGAGAUUUUUUGAUUUUUAUUAUCUUAAUAACAAUAGAUAACUGCAUCUAAACAUGUAUUUUUAUUUUUAGUCAAAUCGUUGGGUGAGAGUCGACUAACAAAAAUGUUGUGUUAUACUUGGAAAAAUUUCUGGAAUUAGGUAUUUAUUUCCUUGUGUUGUAAAGUUGACUUUAGAAAACGUGAUGCAUGGAUUUACCUUUACAUUUACAUAUCUUUGGUGGUUUUUGACUGUACUUGAAAUAAAGAAGUACCUAUAUCCCAGUA